AAUGCCGGGGAACACCUUGCGACGGCACGAUCGUCGUGUGUGAUCGUUCAUAUAUAAAUCCCCGCGAGUGUGAGUACACCUACAAUUGGAGCACCGAUUGGCGAUCGAGAAGCUUAUUGGGAAAUCGAAGAUUAUACUUGACGACGCAAAAUGGAGACAUCAUUCGUGAUCUUCGGCGCAAAAAACCUCUCGAGAUAUCGUGAAAAUGUCGAACGUGGCGGCGUCCAGUAUAUCUGAAGAGAAGAUGCACUUUGCGAAGAUGCACGGGUGAUACAGGACAGGCUCCGACAAAAUGUUGAUCAAGGAGUAUCGCAUACCGUUGCCUCUCACGGUAGAGGAGUAUCGAAUCGCUCAGCUGUACAUGAUAGCGAAAAAAUCUCGGGAGGAGAGCAAGGGUGCCGGUAGCGGCGUAGAGAUAAUCGAGAAUGAGCCAUACAGCAAUGGACCAGGCGGUAACGGGCAGUACACACACAAAAUCUAUCACGUGGGCAGUCAUCUGCCGGGCUGGUUCAAAAGUCUCUUGCCCAAGUCGGCAUUGAUCGCCAAGGAGGAAGCAUGGAACGCCUAUCCAUACACCAAGACCCGCUACACAUGCCCGUUCGUGGGAAAGUUCUCCGUCGAGAUCGAAACUUACUACUUUCCAGAUGACGGCCACCAGGAAAAUGUUUUCAAUCUCACCGGCAGUGAUUACAGGAACAGGAUCGUGGACAUAAUCGACAUUGUCAAGGAUCAGCCGUAUGGGGCCGACUAUGUGAAGGAGGAGGACCCCAAGCUGUACAUGUCAGAAAAAACCGGAAGGGGCCCGCUGGAGGAUACAUGGCUGGAAGAUUAUUGGGCCGAUGUAGAAGGAAAGCAACAGCCAACGCCAUCGGGAAAGUCACUAAUGUGCGCGUACAAGCUAUGCCGAGUAGAGUUCCAUUAUUGGGGCAUGCAAACGAAAUUAGAAAAGUUCAUACAUGACGUAGCUCUGCGGAAGACAAUGGUGCGGGCGCACAGGCAGGCCUGGGCUUGGCAGGACGAGUGGAAUGGUCUGACGAUGGAAGAUAUCAGGGAGAUCGAGCGACAGACGCAAUUGGCGCUGCAACGGAAGAUGGGUCUCGGUGACUCAGAGGAUGAGCUCGAGGACGGCGAGACUCGGAAAGUGAGCUCGACGGCGACAACGACGACAACCAUGUCGAUCACAACGACGACAGCGGCGAACGCAACGAUGACGUCGGAGGAGUCGGCAGUAGCCAAGACAUUGGCGGCCACCCUGGGUAGCAUCGAGAAGAACGAAGAGGUGCAAAGUCCGCCGUCCGUCAGGAAGCCAUCCGACAUUCCCAUUAUCAAUACAGCGGCCAGUUCCGAGGGUGAGAUUAGUCCCGAAGAUUCGCCGAUCGAUUUGGAUGAGAUCAAAAAUGCGGCCGGUGAAAAGAAGAAGUGGACAAAGAACAACAUGCCCUUGCAUUCGCCAAAUACGAAUAAGAACUUUGACAUCCAGCUCGCAAAUUGGAGGCUGGAAAGCAUCGUCAGGGAGUCCGAAUCCGGCAGCGACGACGAAUUCUUCGAUUGUCAGGAGGACUUUGAAGAUAGCUCUUCAUUAGCUAAAUGGAGUUCUUUGGAUCUUCUAGCAGAAGGGGAGGAUACGAGCGUGCGGACACCAUCUGCGACAAACGAGCAAGAGGAUACAAUAUUUUCACCUUCUUAUCUGCAACGUAUCACUAACGAACGAAGCAGUAAGAGAUUGCAGAUCAGCACGUCGGCCAGCAUCGAUGUGUCAUGUCCAGCAUCUCCUCAACAUUCUCCUACACAUCAACCGUGCAAAAUUACUGUUUUAAUUAUUGUGAUACACGGCGGCAGUGUUUUAGAUGCGAAUGUCGAUUUAACGGCAAAAAAAUCAGAUAUAACGACAUUCCGCGGAGCUUUUGAAUCCAUUAUGAGACAGCAUUAUCCUAGCAUGGUUGGCCACGUAUCCAUUAAAUUCGUUGCCUGUCCUUCCAUUUGCACUGAAGGCUUGGGCAUUUUGUCAAGCCUGAGUCCAUACAGCUUUGACAUGUCGCCUUCGUGCAUGGACGCUCCGCAAGUGACGCACGAUACCAUUCCGAUUGGCGCGAUUCCGCUUCUAGCAAGCUCGAGUUCUGAAUAUCAGGAUACAGUAUCGCGUGUGGUGAUGAGUGCCAACCAAGUAUACCACGAUUUCAUUAAGAGCGACGAGGGUAAAGGUUUCAGCGGACAGAUAUGCUUUGUGAGCGACUCAGUAGGAUCGAUCUUGACCUAUGAUGCUCUGUGCAAAGCGACACAGCACUCGAGACACAGCAGCGAAAACAGCAUUCUGGAGGGUACCGGUCAGCAGGGCAAUGACAAUAGUGGAAACGAAGAUGGCAAGCAUCUGUCUGCGCCAUCUCCUCGAAGAAGGUCUUCUGGCACGAAUGACAACAAGUUGGACUUCGAAGUGGGUGACUUUUUUAUGUUCGGUAGUCCGCUUGCAUUAGUCCUCGCUUACAGAAAGAUCACCGCAUCGAGCGACAGAAAUAGUUUCAUACCCAGACCGUUAGUCAAUCAAGUAUACAAUCUAUUUCAUCCUACAGAACCUGUGGCUGCGAGAUUAGAACCCUUAAUCUCAGCGAGAUUUUCCUUAAUUGCGCCGGUUAAUAUUGCUGAAUAUGGAAAGUAUCCGCUCGGCAACGGCCAACCUUAUCACUUGCUGGAGACUAUCCAGACUAACCCGCAGCUGUACGCUGAUGGCUUGAACGUUCCCAAUUUUCAAAUGUCGCAUUUAAGAAGAUUAUCUGAUAUAUCACUUCAAAGUACAAUGUCAGGCAUUAUCGAUAAUGUUCCUUUACAGGCAGUGUCUGCCCUGAUGCAAAAGUGGUGGGGUACCAAAAGACUAGAUUAUGCCCUCUAUUGUCCAGAAGGUCUCACUAAUUUUCCUACGAAUGCCUUGCCGCAUAUCUUCCACGCUAGUUAUUGGGAGUCUCCGGAUGUGAUCGCGUUUAUUUUGAGGCAAUUGGGCAGAGUCGAUGCACCAUUGCUUGGCAACGAGGAAAAAGAUCUCACUUGCUUCCGUCCAGGUCAACCCAGAGAAAAAUGGAAUAAAAAACGUACCUCCGUUAAAAUUAAGAAUGUUGCUGCCAAUCACAGAGCGAAUGAUGUCAUCGUGAGGGAAGGUGUACCACAAAUAUUAAUCGCUAGGUUUAUGUACAGUCCUAUUGAUAUGAUAACUUUAACAGGUGAGAAAGUUGAUAUCCAUAUUAUGAAAAACGCACCGGCAGGCGAGUGGACAUACCUUUCUACCGAGGUAACUGAUAAGAAUGGUAGAAUAAUUUACAAAAUACCAGAUGACAAAAUGCUAGGUUACGGGCUUUAUCCAAUAAAGAUGAUUGUAAGAGGAGAUCAUACAUCUGUAGAUUUUUUCGUGGCUGUGAUACCGCCGAGAACUGAAUGUGUGGUUUUUAGCAUAGAUGGUUCUUUUGCCGCCAGUAAGUCUGUGAGUGGUAAAGAUCCGAAAGUCUGGGCUGGUGCCGUCGAUGUUGUGAGACAUUGGCAGGAACUGGGUUACCUCAUAAUUUAUAUUACCGCGAGACCCGAUAUGCAGCAACAGACAGUAGUUUCCUGGCUGUCGCAGCAUAAUUUUCCUCACGGUCUCGUUUCAUUCGCCGACGGCCUGUCCAGGGAUCCGCUCGCCCACAAAGCCGCCUAUUUGAAUAAGCUUGUGAAGGAGCACGGUAUGAUAAUCCAUCAGGCGUAUGGCAGCGAGAAAGAUAUUAACGUGUACAUGGCGGUAAGUCUCAAACCGAGCCAGAUCUUCAUCAUCGGCAAAGUAUCCAAGAAGCAUCAAGCUAUGGCGACAAUACUGUACGAUGGAUAUGCCGCUCAUUUGAGCACACUGCAGGCGCACGGAGGUUCGCGCCCUGCUCAGGGCAACGCGCGCAUGGUGAUUCCCAGAGGUCAGUUUGUCUUACCAGGACAGAAUGCAUCUCUGCGACGACGAAGCUCUUUUAGGACGGCAAAGCGGGCGAUCUCACAACCACCCUUAGGCAAGACAUCCUUCCCAUUGGAACGAUCAUCCAGCGUGGACCCAUCCGUUACGCCUGCAUCAUCAGCCAGCGUUCAUCAAUCAGCAACAACCGAAAAACUCUGACGAUUUGCACGCUGCCGCUCGUUCUUCGAAUCGCGGCGGUAGCUCGUGAA